AUGCUACGAAUCGAGACACCUCCAGGCGCGCACACAUAUACAGGCGGUGGUGGAGGAGAGAGGCAGGCAAAGGAGUGCAAGGCGAGGCGCAGACGCGGACUCAUACCCCCCCUGCAGCUCCAGCGUCACAAAGCGGGACCUGGACAACUGUUGGCCGGGAGGAGAAGCACCCCACACACCCCGGGUAGAGUAAAUGGGACCACACGGAGACAGAACAUGGACAGAAUUGUGCGACUGCUCGUUCUGAGCUGUGUCGGCGUCUCGUAUGUGUGCGCGGAUAGCCUGUCAGCUCCUGUCAAUGUGACCGUCAGAGAGGUGCGAGCUCGCUUUGCUGUGGUGACAUGGGACAUCCCCGAAGGAGACAACGUGAUCGGGUUUGCCAUCACACAGCAGAAAAAAGACGUGCGCAUGCUCCGGUUCAUCCAGGAAGUCAACACGACCACUCGCUCCUGUGCAUUAUGGGACUUGGAGGGGGAGACCGACUACAUUGUGCACGUCCAGUCCAUCAGCAUGUCUGGUACGAGCCCACACAGCGAACCCCUGCGCUUCAGGACGCCCAAAGACACGGACCCUCAGGCCACUAAGAGCAAAGACGAAGUGACCAUGGAGGAGGUGGGUCAGGCCACACAGCUCCGAGCUGGAGAGCUCAUCAUCAUUGUGGUGGUUCUGAUCAUGUGGGCAGGUGUGAUCGCUCUGUUCUGCCGUCAGUAUGACAUCAUCAAAGACAACGAGCCCAACAACAACAAGGACAAAGCCAAAAACUCUUCAGAGUGCAGUACUCCUGAACAUCCAACAGGGGGGCUGCUGCGCAGUAAGUUUGCCAAGAAUAACAACAGGAUGCCAUCAGUCAACAUCAUCGAAGUGUGA